CCUGAUAAACCCAACAACAACAACGACGACUCCAGUUGAUGUGGCCCUGAUAAACCCAACAACAACAACGACGACUCCAGUUGAUGUGGCCCUGAUAAACCCAACAACAACGACACCAGUUGAUACUGUUGUAUAUUGUAUGAGCAUCCUAUAAGUGGUAAUGAUGCUAAAUGUAUUAGUAGUCAACACUAUGAGGGGUCUGCACAGCUCACUGGACUCUCUCGUUCAGUUUCAAGCUUUGAGGUUGUUUCGCAGUAGCAAUGUCAGAGGGCAGGCACCAGGAACAACCAACUUUCAAAAUAUAUCAAGAAGGUAUUCUGCAAAUUCAGCUGGUACUACUACUACAACUACCAGUUACCCAUAUACUGUUAAGAUGUCAAAUACUUCAGAACCAGAGGAAUCCAACAGCAGCUCCAGUUCAGAUGAGAACAGCAAUAAUGGCAGUAAAUCAAAAUCUACGUGUAUAGAGGAAGAAGUGGCAAAAUUUCGAGCGAUGGCAGACUCAUGGUGGGAUCCAUAUGGAGAUUUUAAACCAUUACAUUCUCUUAAUGGAUUAAGGGUGUCCAUGAUUCGGGAAGGUUUGGUGCAGUCAGGUGUUGCAAAGCCAGAAUAUGUUGAUGGCCCCAGACCAUUAACAGGAUUGAAGAUUCUUGAUGUAGGAUGUGGUGGAGGAAUUUUGUGUGAGCCUCUAGCAAGACUGGGAGCAAGAGUUACUGGUGUUGAUGCUGCUGAAGAGAACAUCUCUGUUGCUAGACUACAUGGUGACCAAGACCCAAGGGUGCAGCAUAAUCUUGAGUAUAUAUGUGGCACAGUGGAAGAGCAUGUUGAGAACAUUGCAGACAAGUAUGAUGCAGUGAUUGCAUCUGAGGUCUUGGAACAUGUUGAAGCUACUGACUACUUUAUUCAGGCAUGUGCAGAUACCAUCAAGCCAGGUGGUUCAUUCUUCUUGACAACCAUAAAUAAGACUGCGUGUGCAUGGGUUGGAACCAUUGCCAUUGCAGAAUAUUUACUUCAUCUGUUACCUCCUGGAACUCAUGACUGGAACAAGUUUAUUCCUCUUCAAGACCUUCUUUUAAUGCUUGAAAAAAUCUGUCGACUGAGUACAGUGGACCCCUGGUUUACGAUCAGCUCCCAAUGCGACCAAUUAUGUAGAUGUGUUACUCAGAUGGUGCAUGGAAUGACUUACAACCCACUGAUAAAUAAAUGGUUUUGGUCGUCCAAUACAUCAGUCAGUUAUGCUGUUCAUGCAGUUAAAGAAAGUCACAAGAUGAUGUGAACAAAAAACUUGUGAAGAAUUUUAGGACAAUGCUCAGAAAUAUUAGAGAAUUAUUAUUAUUAUUAUAAUCAAAAAGAAGCGCUAAGCCACAAGGGCUUAUUAGAGAAUUAGACAUCCAUGUAUACAAUUUCUGGCAUAACAUUUUACAUUUUUGGCAGUUUUUUUUUUUUAAUAAAUUCUUGUGCUCUGUAUAUAGUUUCUUUAAGCUGUUUUUCUUUGUAAUGUAUGUAUGUAUAUUAUUUCUGAUUUAAUAAAGUGUUAAAAUUCAAAUA